CGACAAUGUUCUAAUACAUAACGUCUUUAAAUAUACGAAUGGACGACUCAACGUAAUUAUUAGUAAUCGUCUCUCGAGUAAUUGAGUCACAGCGGUUAUUGAAGCACUAGAAUUGACGACGUUUCCAAAGCGUCUUGAGGGCAAGGAUUUGGGCAAUUGCUUCUGGCAGAGAAGAUUUGAUAACAAAGGAGAACCUCCAUACUCUUUCUUAUAAAAUUUGUGGGAGGCAUUUUGAAAACAAGAUGUUUCUAAACGAUUUGCACAACAGACUACAAAAAAAUGCAGUGCCCACUUUAUUCGCAGAAGGCACAUCUUCAGAUUCAACCAGAAAAAUAUGCCAAGAUUUAGAUGAAGCUUUUCCACAUUCAUCCGAUGUGACCUCUGUUAUAACUUUUUCUCCAACGCUAGAAGACACAUCUUCACAUUCAACGAAAGAAUUAUGUCAAGAUGAAACUUUACCACAAUCAUCCGAUGUAGCUUCUGUAGGAACUUUGUUUUGUGCACUAGAAAGCACAUCUUCGCAUUCAACCAAAGAAUUAUGCCAAGAUUUAGUUAAAACCUUCCCACAUUCAUCUGAUGUGGCUUCUGUUAGUAGAUCUUGCCUCGUUACUGCGCAAUCCCACCAAACUCAAACGGACUUAAGUUUAUCAUCAAGCACUCCAAGAAAAAAUAGACUGAAAAGGAAGUUGAGGCAUUUGGAAAACACCAUGCCAGAACAACAUAUGCAAGAUGCUAGCAGUUCUAUAGAAUUGAAAUACUCUGACAUUGUCAAGGAGGAAAUGCUAUCGAUCAUGUCAGAACAACAUAUGCAAGAUGCUAGCAGUUCUGUAGAAUUGAAAUACUCUGACAUUGUCAAGGAGGAAAUGCUAUCGGACGAGACUGAUAGUCAACAAGUAGAUGAGGUGCAAGAAAAUAACAUCCAGGACCAAGAAAAACAUCCGGAAUAUGAAACUAUAACCAAAAAAAGAUCGGUUUCGCUAAUAGAGGAGGAUGAAUGUGAUCUAAUCGGCAAAUGCGUAGCCGCCAAGCUAAGAAGAUUGGACCCGAUUGAUGCUUUGAUAGCAGAAAAACGUAUAAAUGACAUUUUAUUUGAUUUUCAGUUAAAAAGUUUGAGUAGGAGUGGAAGUCAAUUGAGGAUCCCCGAUGAUCUUUAAGCAGUUUUUGCGUUUAGGAAUAUUACUUUUUUUUAAAAUGAAAUACAAUGUAUAUUUUAAUAUUUUUGAUGUGCCAUAAUGUAUAAUAUGAAGAAUGUGAUCUAGGAAAUGUAUUAAGUUCUAGGAUUUGUAAUUACUUUAAUAAAUAAAGACUUCUCAUGGCUAUAGGAAA